GCAUCACCCUAUGUUGCUUAUCGUUGCUUAUCAGCGUGUGCUGUAAUGCCGGCGCAUGUGCAUCGGAAUGCCUCCUUUAAACUCUUCUACACGUUCCGCUGCGUUUACAUUCGGCAGGUGUUGAUCCUUACCUAAAAUGUAUCCGAUUCCGUCAAGUGGCUUCCGGUUCCGAGUUGCUUCGAUCGCGAUCAUGUUGCUACAUUCAAUAUUUGAUCCAUCUCACGCCAACUCUCUUUGAAAGAGGUACAAUAUUAAUCUACCUAUACUAAGUAAACUACCCACCUUAUACUGAGUUAACUUCCUCUAAACCACUCACGAUGCCCGUCACGACAUUCGAAUUCGCCGAGAAAUAUCGGUAUCAAAAUGGCUUUGGGUCUUACUUUGAGACUGAGGUUAUCUCGGGUGCUCUACCCAUUGGUCAAAAUUCCCCUCAGAAACCUCCAUAUGGACUAUAUACCGAGAAGCUUUCUGGUACUGCAUUCACGGCCCCACGACAUGAAAACCAGCAGUCGUGGCUCUAUCGCAUACUGCCUUCGUGUGCACAUCCGCCAUUUUCCCCUGCUGCUGAUGGUGCUCUAAAGCCCGAUAAGCUGAUCGAUCCCGCAAAGCUUGAAUACAUACCAAAUCAACUGCGAUGGGAUCCUUUCGACUACGACGGGCAGACUGACUUCGUCUCAGGUCUACGUUUGAUUGCCGGAGCCGGUGAUCCAACCCUAAAACAAGGCAUUGGAAUGUACGUGUACGCGGCGGGAAAGUCGAUGGAUGAGCGUUCUGCCUUUUACUCGGCGGAUGGUGAUCUUCUGAUAGUCGCUCAGGAUGGAGUUUUAGAUAUCAGAACUGAGCUAGGAUGGCUUCUCGUCCGACCUAUGGAGAUCUGUGUAAUACCCCGCGGGAUCAGGUAUCAAGUUCAUCUACCGUCCGGUGCAGUCCGUGGAUAUGCACUCGAGCUUUAUCAGGGCCACUUUACACUCCCGGAACUGGGUCCGAUCGGAUCGAGUUGCCUUGCCAACGCCCGCGACUUCCAGGCUCCCGUUGCUUCAUUUAGCGAGGACUUUGGCACUAUCGCUUCCGAAGGCCCUAAUACAUAUAUGAUUACUAGCAAGUUUAAUAACUCGCUCUUCCAAACUAAGCAAGCUCAUACGCCGUUUGAUGUCGUUGCUUGGCAUGGAAAUUACUACCCGUAUAAGUACGACCUUGGUCGUUUCAAUACUAUUGGGAGUAUUUCGUAUGACCAUCCAGACCCAUCAAUCUUCACGGUGCUCUCGGCUCUUUCAGACCACCCUGGCACUGCUAUCGCUGAUUUUGUUAUCUUCCCGCCGCGCUGGCUGGUAGCCGAGAACACGUUCAGGCCACCAUGGUACCACCGCAACACGAUGUCUGAGUUUAUGGGCCUCAUUGCCGGCGAGUACGAUGCAAAAAAGGGAGGACAUGGCGGCUUCAUGCCUGGUGGCGCAAGCUUGCACAACGUUAUGAGCGGGCAUGGGCCGGAUGCCAAGAGUUUUGAGGGCGCCUCUAAUGCUGAGCUCAAACCUGCUUUGGUUGGUAAAGGUAGCUGUGCCUUCAUGUUUGAAAGCUGUCUGAUGGUUGGCGUCACCGCAUGGGGUCUCAAAACGUGCAAGAAGGUCCAAGAAGGUUACAGUGAAGAGAGCUGGGGUGGCGUACAGGCUCACUGGAAGAAGCCUGAAGGUGUGAGUGCUAACAGUCACUUGCUGUAGUAAAACAGCCACGAAUAGAGCCAGAGUCAAGGCUUCUCGAAAAUUGUGAGUAUAUCUUUUUAAUCUUUGCACCACGGUCGGAAUGCCGUCUUACCGGCAUCAAGAUAUUAAUAUAUAUGACUAUUUCAAUUAUAGAUCGAUUU